AUGGAAAACCUUCCUCCAUUGAUUUACAAAAAACCCAUUAGAAGAACCUUAAGGCGAUCUUCAAAUUAUCUUGGGGUCAGAAGAAGGCCAUGGGGAAAGUAUGCUGCGGAGAUUAGGAAUCCAUAUACCAAAGAGAGACACUGGCUAGGCACAUUUGACACUGCUGAAGAGGCUGCCAUAGCUUAUGAUCUUUCAUCUAUCAAGAUAUGUGGCAUUGAAAAUGCUCGAACAAAUUUUCACUACCCUUUGAUGUUUCCUCCAUCUCCUUCUCUUCCACUGUCUUUGCCCCCACCACCCCCAACAACCCCCGAGUUGGAAGCAAGUGAUAUCAACGCAGUUGACGAUAUUAUUGAUGGUGAUGAUGAAUCUCUUGUUAUUGCUUCCAUCUUGCAAUCUUUUUCUUAUUCCGGAAACUGCUCUCUUUAG